GAGGCCAAACUCAGCACAAAAACCCAUCCAUCCACACUCUCUAGCAGCUCCUCGACAAAGCCACGACCAGAGCCACCGCGGCCAGCGAGCGAGAGCGAGAGUGAGGCGCAGGUGUUCGAUCGAUCGACGAGAUGAGCGUGGUAGUCCUGGACGGAUCCACGGUGCGGUCCUUCGUGGCGGACGAGGCGGCCUUCGCGCGCAGCGUGGACGCGCGCUUCGCCGCGCUCGACGCCAACGGCGACGGCGUGCUCUCCCGCGCCGAGCUCCGCCGCGCGCUCGAGUCCUUCCGCCUCCUUGACGGCGCCGGCUUUGGCUCCGCCGAGCCGGCCCCGCUUCCCGGCGAGGUGGCCGCGCUCUACGACGCCGUCUUCGAGCAGUUCGACGCCGACCACAGCGGCGCCGUCGACCGCGCCGAGUUCCGCGGCGAGAUGCGCCGCAUCAUGCUCGCCGUCGCCGACGGCCUCGGCUGCCAGCCGCUGCAGGUCGCCGUGGACGACGAGGGCGGCAGCUUCCUGCUCGAGGCCGCGGAGCACGAGGCCGCCAUGAUUGCCGCCAGGGUCCAGGAAGAACGCGACAAGGCCGCGGCCGAGGAGGCAGCCGACGGCAAGUGAUGACGGCGCCGACGGCUGCACGGUGUGUACGUGUCAAAGGUGGAGACGUGUGAGACGAGUGGUGUGCCGCGUGCGUGUGUCCCGACUCCUUUUAGUGUAAUGUACCGAAUAUUUUAUGAAUAAAAUCGUUUCCGAUUCUCCUA